UCGGACCCUGCCUAACACUUCGAGAGUUCGAGAGCAAGAGAUCAGAAGCAAAAAUGGCUAAGCUACUUGGUUAUCACCUUGUUUAUCCCAUCCUCUUCCUCUUCAUCUUCCUCCUCCUUGCAUCGACUGAGAUGGGAAUGCUGGAAGCAAGAAUCUGUCAAAGGCGGAGUAAAACAUGGACAGGGUUAUGUGCGAACACCGGAAACUGCCAUCGUCAGUGUAGGAACUGGGAAGGUGCUCAGCGUGGAGCUUGUCAUGCUCAAUUCCCAGGGUUCGCAUGCUUCUGCUACUUCAAUUGUUGAUUUUCUAUCAACCACAGCAGCAGCCAGCAGUUUCUCUAUACUCUAAGCUGUGAUGUAUAUCAAGUUAGUAAUGUGUAAACAGAACCUACAUCACUGCUACUUGCCUACUUCGGUGCUCUUUUCUAUAAUAAGCAGCCAAGGGAUGCUAGUACAGAACCACUAGCUACUUCUGUUUUAGAUAAGCAGCAUAGUAACACUACUGCAGAACUAGUACUUCCGUUCUGAGUUAGAAAUACGCAGCUAAACACCGCUGCGCUCUGCUGUUUGACUCCUAGCUUUUGUAAUAUAACCCGCACCAG